AUGAUGAAAUAAAAGAAUCAAAUUUAACUGAAUUAACUUGAAAUCUAAUGUAUUAUUAUUUAUACGGUAUAUUUAUAUAGGCUCUUAAUGCGGUAUGCAUUGUCUACAUGUUCCGCCCGCCCCUGAUCGCUACUGUAAUAAUUUCCCCCCGAGCUCGGGGUGUGACACCUGCAUUAUUGUCGUCGCAGGCUUCUACGCUGACCCCGAGAACUGCCGCUGGUUCUUCGCGUGCGUCGACCACGGCAGCGCGGGCGGCGCCCUCACCGCCUACGAGUUCCGCUGCCCCUUCGGGCUGGGCUUCGACCAGCGCCAGCUGCGCUGUGACUGGCCGUGGCUGGUGGAUGCCUGCGGGGACAUCGGCCGCUACGAGGAGGAGGCGCACGGCUCGUCCGCCCACACACUCACCGGUGCAACUGGUUUUCAAGGCAGAACCGUGGAGUCAGUGAACAUAGCGGCGCACAAGAGCCUCGCGUCAGGGGCGGCUCUCAACAAUCUGGUCGGGAUCCAGGGGGGAUUCCUGGAACGAGGAGACACUCCCGAUGACGACGCACAGGGGCGAGCCACCGGAGCUCCCGCAGACUUCCUCCUCAACGAUGACUAUUACCUUGGCAGCCAAGGAGAGCCCAGCGGUCUGUCCUACAACGUGGUCGCAGCGGAUGCAAUAAACAAGGGCCUCGUCCAGGCCAGGGAUUUUGGUGAAGAGGACAAGUACACCAGUGGCUCCAUCAUUCUGGAUGACUACAGACUGCCGUCUAAACCUGCAGGCACCGGGACGGCUUCGGGAAACAUCGCCUCACGAAAGUACCAAUCGGGCGAGUACGACCCGCGGAAGUACCAAUCGGGCAAGUAUGAUGACUUCAACAACGGAAAAUAUCGUUCGGGCGCUUAUAGGAAGGACAACCGUGGGGCUUACGUUCACAAUCCCAUCGGAGACAAAGCAAAGCCCUACCAACACAUCGAUGUGCCAGCGAUGCCGUACAAACAUUUGGACAACAAGUACCCAGGGACUUCGGACUUUGAUCGAGGAAAUUACUCGGGUGACUCCGACAGAAGUACGUACACUGGCUCCUAUGACGCCGGCGCGUAUAUCGGAGACGACAGUCGUAACAGAGGUGGGUACGAGUAUCCGAGGCCGGACAUUGAAUUUAACGAAGGUUUCGAUACAACUAAAACAAGUGAAUACAACAUUGAAGAUUCCGGCAGCUCGACUUCAGGUGGUCGCAAGACGACCACUGCCAAUGGUAACUCCGAGUCGAGUCAGACCACGUACCUUGGCUCAUACGGGCACGGCGACGCUGCUCACACCAGCGACUAUCACCUCUAUUCUGGCGCAUCGCACACUCUAACAGCGGGCGCUGUCAAUGUUGGUUUAGUUGGGAAAACGACUCUCGUCGACAAGGACAUAGCUAUUGGCGGGUACAAUACUGGUGCAUUUAACAAAGAUAUCCAGGUUACCUCCGGAGUCUCUCAAGCGGCUGUGUCCAUAAACCACGCGGGUACCGACGCACAAAAUUUUAAUGGCUACACAUUCGCCACGACGCCCACAUCCUCGGGCGUCCCUACCACAGCCACACCAUUUGCGGUCACUACUGCAAUACCCACCAUCUACAGAACCACAUAUGUGACCGAACCACCCAGAACUAGCAUCAAACAGAUAUUUGGCUACACUCAACCGGCGGUCACUGUCGUACAACCUGCUACCGUCGCUGUAAAGCAUACGUCUGAUGUGUUACACUAUAACCAAGGUGCUCGUGAGGCUGAGACCGUGAGUGCUUAUGCGGGUGGUUCUACCAGUUCAGUAGCUACAGGCUACCACUACUCGAAGCCUAGUGUUCAAUUUAAAGAGGGCAUAGAUUAUACAAAGUCCACCCCAGAAAUUAAACUUACUAAAUUGAAGCCUCAAGGAUUCGCACAAAGUCAGCAGACCUUCCAUACAGAACAAAUUAGCUUAGACAUCGUAGGCGCAGUUCCAGUAACAGAAGAACCGUUUAAGAAACUGGUUGCAUAUACGACUGGACCCCCAUACGUCCAGCCGGGCGCUCAGUCUUUCACACGACAAACCUUUUACAAUUCUGGCACAGCAGCUUCCGAUAUCUCGCGCGAUUCCAUUACUAAUAAUGCUGCUGUUUUCGAAAGUUCAACACCUCAACCGGACUUAACAUAUACACCAUCAUUUUCAAGACAAACAUUCACGCAGCAAACUCUACAUAGUAUUAAUACGGACAAAGCUAGCUUUUCACAAAGUCAAUCAAACGGUUACGAAUACAACCGACCAACCUAUACAAAAAGUGAGUCGAGUAGCAACCAAUACUCCCAACCUGCAAUCCAGUAUAAUGAAGUACGAAAUGUACUAUACGAAUCUUCUCAACCCAGUGGCUAUAGCUCACAAACGUUCCAACAGCAAGGUCAAAUAUCUGAAGUUAAACCAACCAUUACUCAGGACACGGUAUACGAUUCGCCCGCCGUGCAGUAUCCUGUGAAGACUACUCCCACAAUUCAACAGACGUUCGUCCCUAAUGCUUUAAGUAAUCAAUAUUCCGAAAUCGAGGCCAUAGAUGUCAGAUCAGAUUUUGAUGACAAGAGUACCGCUAGUUUUAUCCAGCCGGCUGUAUCUACAUACCAAUCACAUGGUUUUGUGGGCCGGAAUGCAGAGGCGUAUGGUAACACAUAUAGCAACGAACCGUCAACUGCAACUUCCAUCGUGUUAACUACUGAGAGGCCACAAGUCUAUAGUCAACAAGCCAUCCACAAGACUGAGCAAGGAACUGUUACAUUACCGCGAGUCCCUCUCACUUACCAGGCAACUGUCUCCAUUCAUGAAAAUCCACUUUUAAAAUAUAACCAAAAAAAUAUUAAAGUAACACCAGCAUCUACGCUUUACACACAGGUGAAGGAAACGAUUGUAAAUGAUCCUGCAGCGUAUCAAGUGUACGGACAGCGAACUCGCUCACAACCAGUUUACAAAGGAUAUUCGUACGAGCAACCUGAAAUACAAAGAAAUGUAGAAAUUAUACCAAACUAUUCAGAUGCCAGCGCAGUAUCACAUCAACUCUACCAUCAGACUCAAGUAACAAAUGGGGCUGUUAAGUCUAACAAAGAUAUUGUUUUAGUUUCAACAACACCGGCUUCACUUAUAUACGAAGAUCACUACGCUCAAUAUGAAACUCCAAGACCUUCGAUACCAGAGCUUCCAUACCAGACCGCUGAAUUUGUUCGGCCCAAGUCGCAGUUCCAAGAAUAUUAUUCUUUAUCAACUUCAGCGAGACCGGACAAUGUGUAUGUCCGGUCACAAGACUUGGAUUAUAAAAGUGAAAUUGAACAGUAUGACGUAAACGUUCCGACUCAAACAUUCAGUCAAACUAAAUUUUCAUCUGGAUCCAGUUUAAACACUAACACUCAAUAUGAGCAGACCAGGUAUGAGUCACCUGAAAUUCAGACUUUUAAAGGUGAGGACUAUCUGCCACCAGUGGUGGUAACAGCUGCACCAUUGAGUUCCACGUACAGACCAGUGACUACUACAUAUAGGCCAGUAACGACCACAUAUAGGCCAGUAACGACCACGUACAGACCAGUGACUACCACCUAUAAGCCAGCAACUAGCACAUACCGGCCGGUCACUCCGUACAGGACGACGAGCUACAGACCAAGAACAUAUUCGACAACAACAACGCGGGAGUACCUCCCACCCGCAUCCGAAGAUAAAUACAGUGAUGCUCAGAUCAUUCCAUCCGGGCAGACUACAUCCACAAUUCAACAAAAUGAAAAUCGGAAAAUUCCGACAGUGGACUAUUUCCCACCAACACAAAAACCCCGUGUUGGCAGCUACCAAAGUUUUGGAUAUAAUAAAGAGGAAGAACUUGAUUCAGGCGCUGGUCUAUACGAACAAGAUUACUCAGUAUCAACUCAGGAGCCACACGUUGUAUCGACGUUGAGGCCAGUUAAAAAAAAACAAAAUAUUGUAAUAGAAACGGCAAAGUCAAGCAAUUUACUUGGCUUUGGGACUAUUGGACCUGACGCUGGGCUCGUCACCACAUCGUAUUCCACUUCACAACCGAUCGUAUCAACAUACACUAAUUUGUAUUUACCACCCCAUGAUAUUCCUUCCACACCAACGGAAGCAGAAGUAGAUAUCAUUCCGGCUACGAUAAGAUCUAGGCCCAAGUACUACAGGCCUGCUGUAACCACUCGAGUGCCUUACACAACUAGUACAACAGACUACCGAGCUCCAGAAUACUUGCCCCCAGAAGAUGUGGAACAAGAGAGAACUGGAAACUAUGGUUUCAAGAGUGAAAUUGAACAAACUGUUGAUAUUAACAACAAUCCUUAUCAAAGUUCAACACCUAGCGUGUCUUCAACAACAAGAAAGCAGAAUGUUGUCGUCGAAUCUUUCAAGUCUAGCCAGUCAAGGUAUGGUUUGGAGGACGAGCUUCUCGCUUCAGGGAUUCAAUCGACAUUAGCUCCUGUUGAAUUAUCCAGCAGAGUAUCAUCAACUCCUACAACAGGAACAUACGGUACAUCGACAAGAGUGCCUCUGCGAAGAACGAGGCCCAAAGUUGCUGUCGUCACUAAAAUAAACGACUUCAAUCCUCUUCUCGUGAGGAAGCUGGGAGCCGUAUGCAGCUGUCAAUCUCCCGUGUUGGUGCUGAAGGGCGGACGGCCGACCACGCAGCAAGCCGUUGUAGAAUACACAGACGAAGAUUCCGGUCGGGGCGAUAACGACGAUACUUCAUAUUUAAGGAAAUCUUUGAGAGUCUCUACUCCUGCAAGCAUCAUCAGUACUGUCGCUCCCUCCUCGACGAACAAUCCUAUCAUUGUUUCAGAAGACUCGUUUUAUCAAGACUAUCAAGAUAACGACAAUACUUACGAAAUCGCCGGGAGCGGGAGAUCAGAAAAUGUUUAUGUUUCAAGCUCCACACCUGCGGUGAGUGAACGCGUAGUACGGAUACGUCCUAAGGUGAAGGCUGUCAGUGUCGCACCCAUCAAUAGAACCGUGGUGGAGGACGCCUCGUUCGCGCGCUAUGGGCCGGGUGGCUGGCGCGGGCGCCACGAGCGGCUGCAGGGCGCCGUGGACUGCCAGCGCGCGGGUCUGUUCCGACACCCGCAGCAGUGCAACAAGUUCUACGCGUGCCGCUGGGACUGCUCCAAGCAGCGCUUCACGCUGCACGUGUUCGACUGCCCCGUUCAGCUCAGCUUCGACCCGGCGCUGGGCGCCUGCAACUGGCCCAGCCAGGGGCCCGCCUGCCAGACCGACACGCUGCUCACUAACUCACUGUGAUCCGCUGACCAGCGACCAGCCCACUCCACGUGCCAUCGAUCAACAAUCUCGGAUACAGAACGGCACCAUUUAAUAAGACACGAGUGUAUAUCUACCGCAAAAAAUUACAAAUAUUUAACUGUGUGUACAUUAGAUAUAACAUUUGAACAUUCAACAGUAUGUUCGUGUUCGUUCUGUCACCCUUAUGUGUACGAGCAGUAUGACAGUCACUUAUGACCGCGACCAUGUUUAAGCUUUAUUUAUUUCAUUAACUUUUUAAUUUUUAAUUCUCAUUUAUUUAUUACUCAUGCUCUGUAUUAAGCUUCCACAAUCAUGCUACUGAAAUUGUCUGUAUAUUAGUUACCAUUGUCUAUCUAGUGCACUAAGAAUUUAAUAUUAAUUAAGGUUAAUUGAAUGUUUUAUAAAAUAUUACGAAUGCGCUCUGUUGUAAAUAUAUCAUUUAUUCAGAAA